AUGAACAUCACAGCUGUUCCAGAAUCAGCUGUGAUCGGAAUCCCACAUGACAUCAAAGGGGAAGUACCGUUUGCCUUCGUGGUUCUGAAGGAGGAGUUUUCUGAUGACCCCCCCGUCGUCCUGCAGCAGCUCAGAGAACUCAUCGCCACCAAAGUCGCCAAAUACGCCGUCCCCGACCACUUCCUGGUGGUGAAACGUCUGCCGAAGACUCGCUCCGGGAAGAUCAUGAGGCGGAUCCUCAGGAAGGUUGCCACGGAAACCACCGGCGACCUCGGCGACGUGUCGACUCUGGAUGACCCGUCCGUCGUCACCGAGAUCAUGGACGCCUACGAGCUGUACAGGAAGCAGCGAGGAGCAGAGGAGAAGAAGAAGAAGUAGGAGGGACUUCCUGUCUUUCCAAAAUAAAGACCUACAAACAUUAAAAUAAUAAACAGAAGAGAAGAGAU